AUGGAUUACAACGACAACGCCGGAAGCUUCUAUGAAAGUUCCUAUGGGGAUCCAAGUCUCGAAUGCAUCGAUCUGGCGAGUGACUCUGAUGAGGAUGAGCAGGAGACGGCCGAGUACGUGCAGCCGGUGGCAGUGUACCAGGCGAGUACGUCCAAAGGUCCAAAGCCAAAGAUCCGAAGUAAUCCGACCCAGAAUAAGCGCCUUUACCAGCGAAAUCGACUGUAUCUUUCGCUCAGUUUUGACUGUACUGACUGUGAACAGACUGCCAUUUCCAGCGAAAACCUGUACAAGAAGCAUCUGCGUGAUGACCAUAGCAUCUACAACCAUCGCUGCUAUGUGGCCUUCUGUGGACACUCCUUUAAACGAAACAUCUUCCUCCAGCAACACUUGGAGAAAGUGCACCCAAAUGAAUUUAACUGGAUCUGUGCUACAUGUCAGCAGUCCCACACCUCCCACGAUGAGCUGAAGAAGCACUUUACCUCGUGUCAUCAGUUUGGAACCUUUGUUUGCAACUUCAAGGGCGGUUGCCAAGUUGAAACGUUUAAUCGUGAACAGAUGCUUCAGCACCUGCGAGAGUACCAUGUGUUAGAUCCAGAGGGAAAGGUGACGCCCAAAAACUACAUUUGCAACUUCCAAGGAUGCGAACAGGCGUUCUCCACCAGUGCCCUUGUACGUCGUCAUCAGUUGUUUCAUCUUAAAAUCAAGCCCUACAGCUGUAAGCUGUGCUCUUACGAGAGUGAAGUUCGCUAUGCGACCAUAGUUCACAUCCGCACCGUUCAUAUGGGCCUACCGGCGUACGUUCGUGACCAGGAGGCGAAGAACAUUGUUGAUAAACGCGACCCUGCAUCCUUUCUUCACGUUGAAGCUGACAAGCUGGAAAAGAUCAAUGAGUGUGCUAGAAAUAUCAAGCGUAUCAAGUGA